AUGACCUUUACACUUGUCGAUGCACGAUAUCUCUUACUGUUUACGGACUUAGAUAGGUGUUUGAGACUUAGUUGGGGAGCAGCUGCAUUGGUUACCCUAUACAGAUACCUUGAAGAUGUCUCCAUGUUCAGUUGCAAGCAACUCGGUGGAUAUCCUACUCUCCUACAAUGUUGGAUUCACGAGUACUUUCCAACUGUUGGAAAAAGAGGAGAGAAUUGGAAACCAGCUGAUAAUUGUGGUCUUUCUCGAGCGAUGAGAUGGUCCUAUAGGCAAGGAGUCAUGAAGGUGGAUGAUUUGCGACCUAUUUUGGACGAGCUGACACAUGUCGAUGUCAUAUGGCGUCCAUUUGAGGAUCAUAGAGGAUGGCUUCAGUUUGAUGAGUUAUGUCUGUAUAGGGGGUGUUUGAAGUGGGGUGACACAUUUGUUCCAUACUUGCCUGGCAGAUGUAUACGUCAGUUCGAGUAUAAGAAGUAUGUUUCAUCCCCACCUCUUGAUUGUAUGAUGGCUAAUGAUAUUGAUGUUGAUUGGAUUGGUUACCAUCAGAGCAUCCUGGUUGUGAUCCGUCCAACAACAUUGGCCACCACUCCAUCUGAUAUAGAAGAUGGAUACCUGGAGUGGUAUUAUUGUGUUUCGCAUCCUCGUUUGGUCCCGCCCCAUCGUGAUGAACCAAGAGAGGUGCGAGUUCCUAUUUACGAAGCAGGACCAUUUGAUCCUAAUUGGGCUCAUGUUUCUACAUUGAUUCAUCUUUAUCUGAGACAAGUUAAUGCCUAA